GACCAAAACAAACAUGGCGUCACUUUGUGUGAAGGAGACAAUGUGUUGAUGCGUGUCCUUGACCCUCCACAGCCCGCGGCGGAGACCUUCCCCACCACCAGAGUGUAGAGUGGCAUGAGCCGUUCCCGCUGGGAGGACAAAGGGGAACGUGAGUGUCUCAAGGAUCAGCCAAGGCGAUGGGGCGGCCGCUGUGCCUCACAGAUGGAGUGGAGCGUUAACAGUGAAGCCAGCUCCCGCCCACCCGGGCCCCCCCCUCCUCCCCCUCGCCACCGGGCCACUCCCUCCCCCAUUGAUUACCGCAGCGAGAGCCGCCGCCGCCAUGACAAUCAGGAUACCCAGGGGGGCGCUGGCCCCACCCACGAGCCCCAGUCCCUCCUGGGCCAGCCGCCACCCCUCUUUGCAGGGUCCUGGCCCAUCAUGCCCCCGCCGGGCGUGUACCCCGAUGCUGACCGGGGGCCUCACGCCAUGCCCCACUACCCUCAGCACCGCUGGGGCCAGGCCCACCCUGGCUACUUUCAGCGGGCGCGGGGCCAGUACGCUUUUGAUGUGAAGUGGUGGGCGCAGCAGAAGCAAUCAAUGGACGCCUACCUAGGUGGCCCCAGCUGGGGCGACGACGGCAAGAACGACCACCAGAACCCCGACAUGCCCCAGUGGUCCUUCGGCACCCGCGUCAUGAAGGGCUCCAGGCGGAACUACCAUGGGCGGCCGGGAUAUGGGGGCCCCAGGGGGAUAGAGUCUGGAGCUUACGAGGAGGCUGGCCACCAUCACCCACGGUCCUCCUCCUCCUCCUCCUCAGCAGCACACCCGGCCAGCAGGGGCAGCCGGCUGGGGCCCCGCGGCAGCCACCACCUGGACUACCAGCCCCGCCACGAGCCCGGCCACAGCUCCUCUGACCACCGCUCCUCCGACCACCGCCGCCAGCCCCACCCCUCCAGCCACUCACAACCCCCCAGGAGCCGGGACAGCUCCCUUGACUACAGACGGAAGAGCUCGUUGGAGCGGAUCGACCCUCAGCGGAGCAGCUCCCACCCCCCGCCCCAAGGGUCUAAGGGGUCCAAGUGGGGCAAGAAGAAGAGCAAGAAGGGUAAUGGGGGCGGGUCAUGGGAUGUACCUGGUAGCUUUAAGUCUCACAGUUCACCUUGCAAAAGUAUACAACCUCUCAGUACAAAUGGGGCGCUUGGGAUGGGGCGGGGCGGGCCCAGCUGGCCCACACACAAGGACAAGAAGGGUAAGCUGGGGAAGGCCAGUGCCAGCUAUGCCGAGGCCGCCAAGAAGAAGGCACUGGCAGCAGCCGCUAGUAAACUGCGGCGCACCUUCCUGGCAUCCAAGAAGAAGGGAGGAGGAGAGAACGCACUGCUGGAGGAGGCCGAGGGGAGCGACAGGACCGGCCGGAGCCCCUCUGACGACAACAACGCCCAGGACCUCACCAUGCCCCGCCGCCACCCCAGCUGUCUGGAGUUUGACAUUGACAUCCGCUUCAGCUCCAAGGAGUGGGCAUCCGUGGGGCGGGGCCAGGGUGGCACGGCAGGGGUGCUGGCCGACCCCCAGGGCUCCUCCACUCUGGGGAAACACUUGCAUAAGGGGGAUAGCUUGAGGGAGGAGCAGGAGGACUCCGGCACAUACUCAGACACAGACGUGGGGCGCAAUGACUCCCACUGGUCACCCCCGCCCGGCCCCGACCAGUCCUCCUCCUCCACCCGGCGGCGGCACCUCUCGGAGAGCUCGGGUGUCAUCGACCUUCGCAAGAACCCCCCGAGUCGUGGGUCCACCGCCCGCCCUGCCAGCGUGCGCACCCGCUCCUGCUCCAUGAGUCUGGUGGAGGGCGGGGCAGGCACCAGCCGGGCGGGGGAGCAGGGCGGCCCACAUCCCUCCAGGGUCAAGCUGCACCUCAUGCCCAAGCUGAGGCGCCUCAUGUUAAAGCAACUCCUCAGCAUGGACAAGAAAUCCCUCCAGGAGUUAGUCGACGAUCCCCGCUCCCGGAAGGCCCAGUUCAUGAUGACGCACCUCAUGUCGGAGCACCGCGUGGCCCUCUCGCAGCGCCUGGCCCAGCAGCGCUUCAAGACCCCGGACGCCCUGCCAGACGACGAACUGCAGAUCCUCAACAGCCUGGAGGGGGCGCAACUCAGCUCCCUCCCACCUGAAGUGGUGCAGCAGGUCCGUGAGAUUCUGGCACUGGAGCAGGAGGGCGGCGAGGGAGGCUGGGAGGCAACAACCAUGACCCUCAGUGACCUCCUCCUCCACGGCACCGACUCAGACCAGGAGUGCCAGAUCAUCUCCCCGCCCCCCCGCGACCCCGCCUCCACCAUCACCAUCCACGACACGGACUCGGAGAUGGAGGAACUGCCCGAGGAUGAGGAUGACGAGGAGGAGGAGGAGGAGGAUGAGGAUGGGGAGAGCGAGCAUGAGGAAGUGGGACAUGUUAACCUGACAGCAAAUGACGAGAGUGAGAUGGAGGAGGAAGAGGAGGAGGAGGAUGAUGAUGAGUUAGAGGACGAGGAAGUCAGUAAACAGCAACAGCAACAGAUAUCAGAGGACCAAGUCGCACCUCAAUCCCUGGCGAGCAGUAGUACCAACAGCAUCACCAUCAGCAGCACCAGCAUCGCCAAUAACGCCGACACCACCGCCACCAUCACCACCACCACCACCACCACAAACAACAACAUUACCGAGACCGUCGAAGUGGAAGGAAGCGUACUCGGCAAAAUCGAGGUGCCACCAACCCCUCCUUCCACGAGCGCUGCCGCGAAGCCCUCCCCUGCGGCACCCCCCCUUCCUCUCCUCCCCCAGAUCCCGGUGGAGGUUCCCAUGUGUGUGUUGGAGCCCCUGCCGGGAGGAAGCAGCAGGGAGAUGACAGGGCAGGUUCAGGAGCCCACCUUGAACCUCAUCGGAAGCCCCCCGCAGGCAUUGAUACAGAGGCCGGCGGGAGAGAUUGUACCUGUCCCCGGCCCCAGCUCACUGCUCCUCAAGGUUAAGGAGGAGCGCCCAUCCCCUGUCAGUGAGUGUGGGCUGUGCAUGCACCACCCACGCACACCCCACACCUCAGAAUGCGUGUUCCCCUACGGCCUGGCUCCCCCAUCCCCUGUGGCCCUCAUGCCUGGUCCACCACGCCCCCUGGGAGCCACCCCACCCCAGCGCCCCGUACCCCACAUCGCACCGCGGCCACCACUCGCUGUCUCACUCUACCAGCGCUCCAUCAAGCAGGAGGAACUGGAUGAGUCAUACCUCAAAUUUGAACACGUGAAGCGGCCGUCCUCAGAGGAGCGCCCCAAGAACCCUGCCCCCCCUGACGCCCUGCCCACCUUGCACCCCGCCACAGCCCCCGGCCUCCACCCGGCCCCCCACCCGCGGCCACUCAUCUUCUCCCCAGACAAUGAUUUACCCGACCCGCCGAGGCCGCCCCCCCCGCCCCCCCCACAGUUCAGCCCUCGCAUCAAGGUGGAGCGCCACACCCCCGUCCAGUUCAUGUGUUGCUGCAUGAGGAAUGAGUGUGAGAGGAACAGUUCGCACAGCGCUGAGAUGCGGCCGCCGUCACACCGCGCCGUGGCCACACCACAGCCCUCCGAGAGACGCCCCACACCGCACCUCUACAAGAUGGAGCCCCCGUCCCCCUGUGCUUCCCGCGCCAGGACGCCUCAUCCACCCCCUCCCUCACACCCCACGCACUUUGUCCCGCCAUUGGUCUCCCCGCGGUCAGCUGUCUCAGGGGUUGAAGCAAGAGUUGCCGGAGUUGAGGCGCGGGUGAGCAUCGGAGUCCAGACAGACCGUGAGGUGAGGCUCCCGUCACACUUUGACCCCACCGCCGGCAACAGGAGGCUGUACAUCCCCAACCUGAGCCUGGCGAGAACCGUCACCCCACUCGCCACCCCCGCCAAGGUGGACCAGAGCACCAGCACAGAUGACCUGCCCUGGGAGCCCUUCCAGGGUCAAGACCCACAGUCCCCACAGCCCCAUCAGCAACAACAACAGCAGCAACAGCAGCAGCAACAGCCGCAGCAGCAGCAGAGGAGCAAGAGCCGAGGGAAGGGUUGGUGGUGGCACCGGGCGGGCCGCCCCAGGAAUCAUGUAGCCCAGCUGGCUGCAAUAUCUAAUUCUAUAAAUAACUUUGAGUGGAGUGCUGAGGCAGGGACAGCACUGCAGCAGAUGGCAGUGCUGGGAGAGCAGGAGGGGGAGCUGCUGCGCCACGCUGAGCUGCUGGACCAGGAAGUGCACGACCUGCUCAGAGAGAGGCGACGGGUGACGGAGGAGUUGUCCCGCUUGCAGCAGUUGAGAGCAGGAAAGCUGAGGCAGCUGGUGCAGCAGGGUGGCUCUGGCCAGGAGGAGGCAGAGGGUCCUGGGCCCCGGGGACCAACAGGAGACUCACGGCCCCAGAGGGUGAGCCAGCAGGACUCAAGUUCUGACGGUGGGGAGCCCAUGGAGGGGGCCAACUCCAGCAUGCUGGACCCCGCAGAGAGCCUGUCCCAGCGCUAUGGUGGGGGAGGGCGCGGGGACGCCUGUGUUCAGUCCACCACAGACAACGCCUCGGUGGUGUCGUCCUCGCAGGAGAAGACUCCCAGGGUGCGUUCCUUCAGCUUCUCCCACACCUCCUCCAACGACUCCAGCAAUGAAUCUCAGUCAGUGAGGAGACAGCGUUGCACCUCCACCUGCCACUCCCCUGGACGGGGCCCCAAGUCCAGAGAGCCCCAGGAGGGCCACUACCAGGGGUCCAACAGUCCCAGGGGAGAGUACUACCAGGUGGGGAGUGUGGUGGGGCACCUGGGCCUUUGUCCUGCUGCCAACACUGACUCAGAGACAGACAAUGACACAGGGGCCCGGGGGGCACCCGUGGACAGCUCAGAGGCUAAGGCUACCGUGAUGGAGGGCCAGAACACCUCCAGAAACAGGGUGAGCUCCCUCUCCAGCUCAGCAGAGGGGGACACGGAGAGUGAGGCGCCGGCCGACCACGACGAGGACGUCAGGAUAUCCAGCCUGGCCCGCAAGAUGUCCCUGGACGAGGGUGAGGCCGUGGUGGACUCCUCACAGAGGCCGGACGACAACAAGGACAAUGACUCCACUCACCUGGAGGAACCUUCACAGACCAGUUCAGGAGCACAGCUAGGGGAUGCAGGCCCCAGCAAGCCCCAGGGGCUACAGAAGGUGGAAAAGAUGGGGGCUGUGAAGGAUGCAAGUGUGUGUCUCAAGUCUGGGGAGUCUGUGUCCUCCAUGACAGUUCUGUGCACUAAGUUGGAGCCCCAGGACAGUCCUCAGAGGCCUGCAACGCCCCCUCACGCCUCCACCCACCAGCCACACCCACCCUUGUAUUUUAAAUCUGAGGUGCAGGAUGUCCCGCAGACGACUGGUGCAGAGAACCUGAAGACGGAGGAGCAGGAGAGCGUCCCUCCAACAAGUGUGAAGUGCGAGGAUAAUAAUGAGAUGCUGCCUCUGGACGGCCACCUCCCCCUCGCCUCCACCUCACAGGCAGCCUCAGACGGACACGCCCUCAUCAACACUCCAAAAAAGACUUGCUUGCUCUCCUCCCCAUCAACCUCCUCCCCCAUGUCCUCCCCAGAGAGCCAGAAAUCCAGGAACACCUCGAGUGAACACUGCUACAGCCUCAGGUCACGAGGGCCACCACACCGCACCAGGCAGGCACUCCAGAGGCCCCCAAGCAGCAACCAGGAGGAGGAGAAGAAGAGGAUGGACAAACAAACAGAUGAUCACCAGCCAGGACACAGCCGGGAGAAGGAGGACGACCCCGGGGAUGACAUGGACUCGGAAGAUGGUGGCGAGGACAAGAAGAGGAAGCGGAAGAGGAAGUCCAAGCGUCACAGAUUUAAUAAGCGCAAGAAAAAGAAGCUGCACGAGAAGGUCGGCAAGCAGUCCCCCCGCACGGUGUCUGACGGCAGCAGCAAGGGGGCGGCCUCCCCUGCGCGGGACGAGGACACGGAUGAGACCAUGGAGAGCUCCGGGGAUGAGUUGGCCUUCGUGACGCCUCCUGCUCAUGGCUGUGCUGUUUUGGACAUGAAGGUGGUCGGCGGCUACCUCAUAACAGCCUCCAGUGACGGCACAGCUCGGUGCUAUGACCCAGCCUCCGGGCAGAUCAUGGCCACGUACGCCGACCACUCAGACCUCGUCACAUGCGUCGGGGUGGUGGGCCAGCCGAACUACGACCUGGAGACCAAGUUCCUGGUGGUGACGGGCUCGGCUGACAAGAGUGUGUGCGUCUUCAAUGGCAAGACUGGUGAGGUGCAGCAGAAGAGGGAGGUGGGCGAGGGGGUGCGCUGCAUGGACAUCCGUUGGGGCCAGCUCUUCCUGGGCACCGAGGGAGGCUUUGGGGCGCGCUGGAACUUCAAGGACAAGGGCGUGACGGAGAUGGUGCAGUUCUGCGGCAAGGCGGUGACCAGUCUGAAGGCCAUGACUGAGGGGGGGCGCCGUGUGCUGCUGGUGGCGGCCAAGACUACGCCACUCAUGAUAAGGGACGCCAUGACAGGGCUGUUCCUGCGCACGUUGGAGCACAUUCAGCUGACGGUGUACGCCACUGUGUCGUACGGUGGCCUGCUGUACAGUGGAGGCUCGGAGAAGAUCAUUGUUUACUACGACUUCACGUCUGGCAGCAGCCGUGGCCACCUGGAGAGUGAGGCCGACGUGUCCUGCCUCUCCAUCUACAAAGACUACCUGGUGGCCACCUGUUAUGAUGGGCAAGUCAGGAUAUUCUGCCUCAAGACUGGGAAGCUUCUGCACAGGCUGUCAUUGGAAACAACCAACAAGAUGUUCAUAUGCUCAGCAUUGUACAAGGACAGGCUGCUGGUGGGCAACAAGACAGGCGAGGUGGUGGAGUGCAGGAUGCCCCCGGAGCUGAGAGCUCUCCCCAACCCCUAGUGAGAGGAUGACCCCAAGCCGUGGGUGGCAGACAACCAUUUGGGUGACAAACAACUCAGGCAGGAUAAAAAUACUCGAUUCUUGGCCCUGUCUAACCGGGAUGCAGCAACGGGAGAUACACCUUGGCAGCGGUGGGGUGUUGUGAUAUACGUGAGGCAGUGGUGGUGCUGACCAGCCCUGCAGCGUGAAGUGAAGGGAUGGUCCGAGGGUUGGUGUCCCACUUACCCACUCUGACUAGAUACUAACUUCAUAAUAAAUCAUUAAGUUUCUCUCUCUGCGAGGAAUCGGUGCUCAGAAAUUUUAUCUUAGAUUAUUAGGUUGAAUGUAAAUUGCAUUAUUUUUAUUUUCCAUUUAAGAAAGUGGAAGAAGUAGGCGAUGGCUGGAGGCAGUGCAGCGGCGAUUGCAGUGUUAUAAACAAUAGAGGCAGUCCGUUCCGUCACGUAUCCCAUGUUUUCGUAACGUUAUCUGGCUCAAUCUUGCUCACUUUUUUGCGGAACCUGUGUGCUCCAAGUUCAAUGUCCAUCCAGUUGUCAGUAAACACUCCCAUGCUAGUUAGCCAGACCCUCAUGUUGCCACAGUCUGCUGAUGGUGGGAACCCCAGCACCACAAAGAACCUCUGGGCAGGGUGGGGUGUCCUCCCAGCCCUUCACUUGCACAUCUCAAAGAGUGAAGUGAAGAGUCGGCAGGGCUCCCCACUCUGGCCAGGAAUACAAAGCGCUGUGUUCUGCCAGACACGGCGAGGUUCUGUACUUUAUGUUUCAAGCCCCUGAUCUGUAGUACCUUUUCCCGUGUACUGGGCCGUGUCUCAUGUUGCACCUGUUAAAGACAAUGGUGAGUCUUUCAUAAAGAGUCAAUUCCAGUCAGCAUGUGGAAGACUGAAGAAGCUCCUCCCUGGACACAACUCACUACCAAAAGGUUUGAACUCGAGGAUUCAGCUUUUUUGUGAUUCUCCGUUAUUGUUUGCACCAAGUUGACGCGACGCCCGUGGUGUUGUGGCCCAUCAGGGCGACGACUGAUUUUGAUUCAUACUUGGAAUCCUUGUCCUAUGAUGUCUUUCAUAAGCAAAUUUGUAGAUCUCUGUUUUGUACACUAAUACUUUUUAGAUUUGUCACCUAGAACAGGAGAAAAUUAACAACAGAAUUACUUUUGUCAGGCAGGACCCAGUUACUGUGGCGUCCAUUACAUGUAAACCCUUCAUCCCGGUGCCCUCUCCUAACCCCUCCUCAUUUUUGCACCUGAAGCACAAACUCAUGUGAUAUGGCGGUGCACUCAAGAGACCCGGAAACGCUUGGGUGCACUUCCUGGUUCUCACAACAUUUCUGUUUGAUUGAUUUGCGUCACACCUCUGGCGGCCGUGACAACCCUGCCACUUGCCCACUCAAGUGCUGGCCUUCCUGAAGCUGCUGCUCGUCUCAGUGGGGCAGCAGCAGAGGCAGGCCGGGCUGUGGGAGGGAAAGGCUUGCUACUCUCAGCAUCUUUUGGCUUGGUGAGGAAAGCAAGGGCUCAGUUAGCCAUAUGUCAAGUGAUGGGCCAAGGAAAAAAAAGUAAUAAAUUAAUUUUUUAGGAAAAUAAGUGAAAAAAUACACCACUUGCAGGCACAGUAUCCAAUCUAGUCCAGACUAGAUUCCUUUAGAGGAGCCUCGGCGCCUUUGGUACUUGUCCAAAUAGCUGCCUGCGGUGCCCCAACACUGCUGUACCAUGGCAGCUGAGCCCCGCAGGAAGGCCCGGCCUGGCGAGUGCAGGGCAGCAUCACUUGAGGCUCAGAGCUUCCAGAGGUGCUUGUUGACAAUGAAUCUUGCAAUAUUAGAGUUACUGUUUUUAGUUUAGCAAGAGUAUUUUAUUUUGAAGAGAACUUUGCAUAGUUUCUAAGGAUGCUGAGGUGUCUCAUGGUAAUUAUGUAGUUUUCCUUAAUGGGGCGAGGAACGCUUGUGAGGCUGGUGCCCCCCCGGGUGCACCUCUCGGAGCUAGUCAGGUGAAUCAAGACAGUGGCCAUGCUCUUGUUUUAUCAUUAAUUUUCUUAAGUAUGAAAGUACAUUACUUAUUUUUUCAAGGGUUUAAGAGUAAUAAGUGUUUUUUGCUCAUACAGAUCUCAAAUGUAACAACUGUUGUGAAAUUUUAAUGUUUAUCACAUACUUGCUGUUUAUACAACAAAAAUUAAAAAUAUAUAUAUGGAAAAAG